AUGUCAAGCGACCAGGUUUUCGGCGUUACACCGCCAAUCUCUGUCGGUCUGCCUACUGAGGCUGAAAAACGCGCCAGUGAUGCUCUCAUAUCGGAAUUACGGCGACAAAAGACAUUUGAAAGUCCUUCUGAUACCCAAAAGAGAUACAAAGUCCUCGAAUCACUGCAAACUAUUUGCGACGAGUUUGUCAAGCGUGUCGCCCGAGAAAAGGAACCCAAAAACGAUGUCCUCAUAAAGAACGCCCGCGGCAAGGUUUUCACUUAUGGCAGUUUCCGACUCGGCGUUUUUGGUCCCGGUUCUGAUAUAGACACACUCAUUGUCGCUCCUAAAUACGUGACGCGUGAUGACUAUUUCAAGUACUUCCCAGAUUUGUUGGAGAGCAUGGCUCCCAAGGGGGCCAUUACCGACCUGGCCGCCGUAACGGACGCAUUCGUGCCUAUUAUCAAAUUUGAGUAUUUUGGGAUAAGUAUCGAUCUGAUCUUCUCCCGAAUUAUUCAAAAACAACUUGCCCCUGACUUUCAGGACCUUAAGGAUUCAGGCUUGCUCCGCGGGCUGGACGAGGCAGAGCUCCGCUCACUCAACGGCACACGGGUUACAGAUGAAAUUCUGACGCUGGUACCCGAGCAGAGUACGUUCAAGCUUGCCUUACGUGCUAUUAAGCUAUGGGCCCAGCGUCGUGCCGUCUACGGCAACAUUAUGGGUUUCCCUGGUGGCGUGGCUUGGGCCAUGUUGGUUGCUCGGGUUUGCCAGCUGUAUCCAAAAGCGGCAACGUCUGUGAUAGUCAACAAAUUCUUCUUGGUAAUUAGACAAUGGCGAUGGCCACAACCUGUUUUGCUCAAACCCAUCGAGAGUGGUCCUCUCCCGGUUCGUGUAUGGAAUCCAAAAAUUUACAAAGGGGAUUCGUUCCACUUAAUGCCCGUCAUAACUCCCGCAUAUCCUUCCAUGUGUGCUACAUUCAAUAUUAGCCGCUCGUCGAUGGCAAUCAUUAACAGGGAGCUCCGGCGUGGACUGGAGAUAUCAGAAAGCAUUAUGGUGGGCAAGCAACCUUGGAGCGAUCUUUUCGUGAAGCACACUUUCUUCACUUCGGAUUACAAAUAUUACAUCUCCGUCAUAUCUGCCAGCAAGUCCAAGGAAGCACAUAAUGUUUGGUCGGGAUAUGUUGAAUCUAAAGUACGCAUGCUGGUUCAGAAAUUGGAGCAGCAUCCGUCCAUUGCAUUGGCACAUGCUUUCAAUAAGGGAUACGAGCGUCGGCAUCUAUGUAGGGACGACUCAGAGAUAGCACAGGUACAGGAUGGCAGUCUCGAUUUCCUAAUCAAGGGUGGCCAAGAUGCCCUUCCUUCAACAAGCCCCGAACAUGACGAGUCAGAGCAAAAUGACACAAACAACAAUUCGGAGGCCACCGGGCCUACCGAAGUCUUCACAACUACGCACUACAUUGGACUUGAAUUAGAAGAAGCUGCCAAGUCUCUAGACCUCUCUUACCAAGUGGACGAGUUCAAAAUCUUGUGUACGCAAUGGCAGAAAUAUCAAGACGAACUAAAGCCCCUUGUCUCUAUCGGCGUUCAACACGUCCGAAACUUUAAACUUCCCGACGACGUAUUCGAGCCGGGCGAGCAAAGACCGCAAAAGAAAGGCACCAAGGGAGCAUCAAAGAAGCGGGGUGCAUCUGAGGACAACCCUCCUCCUGCGAAACGACAACAGGCUUCGGUUGCGGCUGCAGGUUGA